ACGAAUUACAUACACCUUGAAAAAAGUAUGAAUUAUAUAAAUUCAUCAGUGCUUGCCUAUAUAUAUAUGUCUGUACUUCCAAUUGAAUUUCCACCUUCAUAUUGUUGACAAACAAAAGUCAAAAUGAUAGUAACACAUUCAAAAAAUCAUCUCUUUAGGAUAAUUUGUGUGUUUGGUAUGAUCAUGAUCAUGUCCAAUGCAAGAACCUUAAACCCGACCAAUCAACGGAUCAGAGCCACUAAUCUUGGAGGCUGGCUUGUUACUGAAGGCUGGAUGAAACCCUCCCUCUUUGAUUCCAUUCCAAAUAAAGAUUUCUUGGAUGGAGUCGGGCUUCAGUUUAAGUCGAAGACAAUUGGAAAGUUCCUUUGUGCUGAGCUCGGUGGAGGUACAAUCAUCGUUGCAAACCGAAGUUCUGCUUCUGGCUGGGAAACUUUUCAUUUGUGGAGGAUGAGUGCAACAAGUUUUCAUAUGCGGGUGUUUAACAAACAGUUUCUAGGACUUGACUCAACAGGAGUUAAUUUAGUCGCCACUACGACCAACUCUCAAACAUCGGGUGUUUUUGAGAUUAUCAGAAAACCCGAUGAUACAAGCCUUGUUCGGAUUAAAGCACCAAACGGGUUGUAUUUGCAGGCUAAAUCUGAGGACCUUGUUACAGCUGAUUCAAAGGGAGACGGGGAAUGGGGAGACGACGAUCCUUCAGUAUUUGAAAUGACGAUUAUCGAAACAUUCAAAGGAGAGUAUCAAAUCACUCGUGGUUACGGUCCUUUAAGGGCGCCAAAAAUCAUGAAAGAUCACUGGGAUACAUUCAUAGUAGAAGACGACUUUAAAUUCAUAGCGACAAGCGGAUUAAAUGCUGUUAGAAUUCCGGUAGGAUGGUGGACCGCCAGCGAUCCAACACCGCCAAAACCAUAUGUAGGAGGAUCUUUGCAAUAUCUUGAUAAGGCCUUUUUAUGGGCAAGGAAAUAUAAUUUGAAGGUAAUAUUGGAUCUACAUGCCGCUCCCGGGUCACAAAAUGGGUAUGAGCAUAGCGCUACUCGUGAUGGUUCUAUUGAAUGGGGCCAAACAGAUGAAAACAUACAAGAAACGGUCCGGGUCAUUGAAUUUUUCACUGCUAGGUAUGCUUCAAAUCCGAGUUUAUAUGCAGUUGAACUCAUAAAUGAGCCUCGCGCUUCAGGAGUGCCACUAAGCGUAUUGACCAAGUAUUAUGAUCUUGGGUAUAAAGCCGUACGAAAGCAUGCUCCUAAUGCCUUUGUGAUUUUAUCAAACCGACUUGGAGGUGAACCGAAAGAGCUCUUUCCUCUUGCAAGUGGAAUGAAGAAUGUGGUUAUUGAUGUUCAUUAUUACAAUCUAUUUUCAAGUGUUUUUGAUGACAUGACAGUCGAAGAAAACAUUGAGUUCGUCAGAACCAAUCGUUCUGCUGAGCUACAAGCCAUCACGACAUCAAAUGGACCCCUAACGUUCGUUGGCGAAUGGGUGUCCGAGUGGCAAGUAAGAGGAGCUACCAAAGAGGACUACCAAAAAUUUUCGAAGGCUAACUUAGAUGUAUUCGGACGAGCAACUUUCGGGUGGGCUUAUUGGUCGCUAAAAAAUGUUAACAACCAUUGGAGUAUGGAUUGGAUGAUCAAAAAUGGUUAUAUUAACCUUUAGCAAUGUAUGGAAUAUAUAGUUUUCUUCAUUGUUGCAAAUUUAUUUUUGACACAAUAAAUAAAACAUAUAUAAAAAUAUAUAUUUUUAGGCUUCAA